AUGGACGAAAAAUUAGAAUUGAUUUCGCUGAAAGGACGAGGACGAGCUGAAGCUGUGAGAUUGAUGCUCAUCUAUGCCGAGAAACGAUUCAUCGAUACCAAGACUACAAUAUUUCAGUGGAAAUUGAGGAAGAAAAGAGAUGGUUACCCUGAUGAUACCAAACUUCCAGUGCUACUGGUUGGGGACGAAACCAAAAUCAUCGGCGUCAAUGAGAUUUCCCGCUUCGUCGCUUCUCGUCUACGUUAG